AUGAGCACAAAUCAUCAAAGCAAAACCCCAACUGGAUCCACUCAAUCGUCAACAACUCGCGACAGUAUCUAUAGUAGACAUGAUAAAAGCUUAAAUAGACAACAACAACAACAAAUAAAACGGUUUAGUUCAUAUGUUUCAUUGUGUCACUCAAUGCAACCAUUGGAUCAAAACAAACUUGUCAAAACAUCUUCCAGUCUUGUCAAACGAUUCUCGCAACAAAGUGAAUCAGAACUCAAGCCUGCUUUAAAGAAACACACACUACCUACCACUAUGGAACACCAAUUAUAUGACAUUGGACAAAAGGUAUUGGUUGUCAAGCUCAAUGUGGUUGGCACAGUAAGAUAUAUUGGAAAUCUAGCAUUUUCAGAAAAGAAAAAUGAUGUUUGGGUCGGCAUUGAAUUGGAUAUAGAAGGGUCAGGGAAAAAUGAUGGAUGCAUUCAGGGUACGCGUUAUUUUACUUGUGCUCCCUAUACUGGACUUUUUGUUCUGUCUACCAAAGUUGUUGCUUACAAUCCAGAUAGAAGCAAGAGUUCUCUUAAAAGAAAAAGCAUGAUUAUGAGCAGUACAUCACUUUUAAAGCGCCCCUUAUUAAACCCAAGUAAAUCAGCACGUAUAGCCACUGCACAGCCUAUCCAUCAAAAGCCUUUAUCCACUCGUAGUAGCCCUUCCGAAACAGAUAAAACACAGGAAGGAGAUUCAAACCAAAAACAAACAUUAUCAUAUCCUUCAACAAAGUCAACAAGACAACCAUUACUCAAAAAAUCAGCUUCCCUAUCCACAAGAACAUCCUCCGAUGACAAUAGUAGAUAUUAUCACAGGAACAGCAAGCAGUCAAUUCAAAGGAGUCACUCAGAAGCACGCAUGGACACGGUUGAUGAACUUAAACGUGUUCAAGUCUUACUACAGCAAUCUCGAGAAGAGAAACGAUUGUUAUUAGAGAAAAUGGAUGGCAAAGAAGAAGCAUGGACACGUCUGUUGACGGCGAAAGAAAGUUAUGCUUUACGAGUUCAAGAAAAAGAAGAUGAAAUUGUACGUCUAAACAAUGCCCUUCAACAGGCUCAACAAGCGACAGAAGAAUUAGCCAAAGCCAAUCAUGGACGAGACGCUAUAGUAUCUAGACUGAACAUGUCAGAAGAAAUGCAAAAGCAACAUAUUAGAGCCAUUGAAAGGCUAGAAGGUCGACUCGUCCUAAUGCAACAACAACAUACAGAAACACUAGAACAGCGGGAAUCCACAAUACGAGAUCAGGCAGCUACCAUUGACCAACUCUACAAACAAAUUGGCGAGUGUGAUCAAGCGACUUUAGCUAUUGAACGAGAAUGUGCUGACUUGCGUCAAGCCCAUAUAAGUACCAUGCAAGCCUAUGAUGAGACACUAGACCAACUAAAAAAAGAACAUGCCAUUACAUCGGCCACCAAGGAUGUACACAUUCAUAAGUUACAACGUGCUGUCAAUGAUUUCCAUCAAAUUUAUCCAGUAUCUCCCAUCACUGUCAUUGCGGAUGCUGACGAUGAGCGAGCAUCACCUCAAAAGAGACUCGAAGAUCAACUCGAACUGGCUACAACAGAACUCGAUCAUAAGCGCGAACUAGUGAGGCUCAUGGCAGUUGAAAUCGAUCAGUUAAAAGAUGAAAUCAAACGACUGCAUCGACUGUCAGCCACUUCAAAUGCUGAAUUCUAUGCUUUACGUACACAACUAGAGACUGAAAUUGAAGACAAACGACGCGUGAUGGACGAAGCCAAUGCUGCUAUUCAACAACAAGAAAAGACAGAAGAAGAAAACCAAGAUUUGCGACUAAGUCUGACCAAAACUCAAUUGGAUCUAGCGGACGCACUUAAGAAUUUAACAGUGUCGCAUCAAAACAAGCCAAAACGAGAAUUCCACUACUUGCUAGAUAAGAAUCGAGCCUUGAAAGCUGAGCGUGAAGCUUGGGCAGAAGAAAAAAUAAAACUAGAACAUGAAUGUAGACAGCUUGAGGACCAAAUGACAGUGCGUCAGGUUGUUUGUGCUUCGGAUCAUGCCUGUCAACGAAAUGUGGAAAUACUUCGCUUACAAUUGGCUCGAGAAGUCAAGUGUCACAACGAUCUAAAGAGCCAUCAACAGAUACAGGUUGACAAACUGAAACAAGAAAUACAGCAAUUAGAAAGUUUGAUUGAAAGCAAAGUCCUUCAAGAGACUGAACUAGAGAAUCUUUUGGAGGAUAAACUCAGAAUUAGUUUUUUAGAAACCAAGUUAAGGCAAGAAGAAAAAGAUGUCAAGAAACUGACCGUCAUGCCUUUAUCACCUGCAUCUCCAUCUACUUUUAGGAGAUCCUUUUCACUCAUACCUACUGAAAGUACUGAUAGUGUAGACCAAGAUGUUUAUUGUGAAAUCUGCGAAGAGUAUGGACAUGAAGUCAUGGCUUGUACUGCUCUUAAUAUGAGCUCUAAACAAGAGGAUACAUCGAGUUUAUCGUGCUAUUGCGUUAACUGUGAUGUGUUUGGUGAACACCCUACAGAGGCUUGUCCAAAUCACGACGAGACGUUUUAA